GAACCGUGAGAUCGUGACGCAAGUGGAAACCAAGAGUGGGGCGCUUAACCAGCUGAGCCACCCAGGCGCCCCCAUGCAGAUUUUCUGAAGUCUGGCCCUGCUUUACGGAAGGCUGACCGCCCAGCACACUCCGCCCUCCCCUCACUGAGCACUAAUUAUCACUUUCUCUUUACUUGGCCCUCUCCCCCCAGGAGAGCAGCAUCAGGUCCCUAGUUAUAGGCCAGGCCCAGAGCCCGGGAAGUGGGAGGGACUGAGGUGCUGAGCCCGGUCAGCUGUGGGCCCUCUGGAGCCUGUGGGGCUCCAGCAUCUCCCCAGUUGCCUGAGUAACGGGGUGCAGCCGCUGCCCAGGUCACGACCACUCCUCUCUUUGCACCCUGCCAGCUCCUGCCUGGAGGGCAGCACUGUUGGGGCUCAGCUCCUUCUAGAUGGUUCGGGCUUCUAAAGGCUCCUGCGAGCUGGAGAACGCACGUGUGCCCACGCGUAGCUGCUACAUGUUCACAUUCGUUCUGCAGACACCUAUUCAGAGCCCAUGCUGUGCCCCGCCAGGUGCUGAGCACAGAAGGGGAAGACAGGGCUUCAGUUUUGAGCGGCCUGGGCCUCCCGGGCCCCUGGUCUCCCUUUAAGCCAGCCAACCACCAAGCCCAGCCAUGCGAGUGAAGUGUGCUGGGAACAGCAGGGAAGGGAAGGGAAAACUCGGGCGCCAUAGUGGACAAUGCUUGGAGAAGGUGUCGGAGAACCUUGAAAGUCAAGUUGGAUUUCACAGCGUGGAGGGAGAGCACAGGAAGCAGCCCCGAAAAGGCAAGAUGGUCACGCUCCAGGGAGUGGUCCCUCUCGACGCACGCAGGUUCCAGGUAGACUUCCAGUGCGGCUGCAGCGUGCAUCCCCGGCCGGACAUCGCCAUCCACUUCAACCCUCGCUUCCACACCACCAAGCCCCACGUCAUCUGCAACACCCUGUACCUCGAGCGCUGGCAGGCCGAGGCCCGGUGGCCCCGCCUGGGCCUGCAGAGAGGAGCCAGCUUCCUCAUCCUCUUUCUCUUCGGAAAUGAAGAAAUGAAGGUGAGCGUGAACGGACAGCACUUUCUCCACUACCGCUACCGGCUCCCGCUGUCCCGUGUGGACACCCUGGGCAUAUUUGGUGACAUCUUGGUGGAGGCCGUCGGGUUCCUGAACAUCAACCCAUUUGCAGAGGGCGGCAUUGAGUAUCCGGUCGGAUAUCCCUUCCUGCUGAAGAGCCCCAGCCUGGAGGUGCCCUGCUCUCGGGCCCUUCCCAAGGGUCUCUGGCCGGGACAGGUGAUCGUACUGCGGGGGCUGGUCUUGCCAGAGCCAAAGGACCUCACGCUGAGCCUGCGGGACGAGGCGGCUCACGUUCCUGUGACGCUCAGGGCUUCCUUCGCAGACAGAACUCUGGCCUGGAUCGCGCCCUGGGGGUGCAAGAAGCUGAUCUCGGCCCCCUUCCUGUUCUACCCCCGGCGAUUUUUUGAGGUGCUGCUCCUGUGCCAGGAGGGAGGGCUGAAGCUGGCGCUCAACGGGCAGGGCCUGGGGGCCACCGGCGUGCACCGGCAGGUCCUGGAGCAGCUGCGGGAGCUCCGGAUCAGUGGCAGCGUCCAGCUCUACUGUGUCCACUGCUGAGGAGUGAGCCAGGGGCCCCGCCAGGGAGGAGAAGGACCCGCCCACGCCCCGCACCCCUCCAUGCGGCUCCGCUCUCCUCCCUUCGAUACACUGUGCGCCUGUCACCCCCCUGCUUUCCGAGGCCCCAGCCUGGGAUUGGCACCCCCUGCGCGCACUCGCAGCUCAUCCACAAGCACUCGGUCCCGGGGCCACGCUGUGUGCAAGGAAGGCUAAAAAUGACUCUCCAGCGGGAUGGCCGUGUGCCCGGCCACGGUGCUACCGCUGUGAUUCCUGGUAUAUCUGGGGCGUCCCUGGUAUGUCUGUUUAUACCGUCUGAUUCUGUGGCCUCCACUUCCGGUGCUAUUUUUCCUUGUAUUUUCAGCUUGCCUGCUUGCUGUCGGGUUGGUGAAAUCUUUAUCAGCCUCCCUACCUUUCUUGUCUUCUACUGGGUUGGAAGUUAUAACUGCAUUUACACUUCUAGUGGUUUUCCUUACUUUUUCUUUUGCUUUACCGUUUAUUUAUUUUGAG